AUGAAAGUGUGCGCUGUUUUGCUGCCAGCUGUUGGCAGCUUUGGCUGUUCGCUGUCCUCCGUGAGCAAUGGACUGCGAUCUCUCAGAAUGGUGAAAAAGCUCGGUCAAUGUCUCCCACAUGCAUUGAGCGACGGCAACCGCCAAAGACGCCUGGACAUCUGCACUCAGCUGCUCUCCAGAAGCCACAUAUUCGAUUGGCUGGACACCGUCGUCACUGGAGAUGAAAAAUUGGUGCUCUACGUCAACCACACCCAAAAACAUGCGUGGUGCGCUGGUGAUGAAAUGCCGGAUCCUUUCAUGAUAGGUGAAAUCCAUGAUAAGAAGGUCAUGCUGAGCGUCUGGUGGGGAGUUCAUGGAAUCUACCGUUUCGAAGUGCUGCCGGACAACACGACAGUUACUGCCGAGAUCUACAGCACUCAACUGCAAAGACUGGCCCACAAGAUCCGCAAAGAGCACUCAAAGCUCGACAACGUUCGCCUGCUGCACGAUAAUGCGCGCCCUCACAUCGCGAAGAAGACUUACCAGACAAUUCUGGACCCCGGAUGA